GUUUUGAACUUGUUUAAAAGACGAUGUCGAAAAGAUCAACCAGGAACUUCAAAAUUUGCAAUAGUUGCGGAUUCAUUAAAAACCUUUUCGGAUUUCGUGACAUUUGACAUCUAUAACAAGGAUAAAAGUCAAGUUGUCUUACUUGCUAAGCUAGAAGUUGUAGAGGGCGGAAAUACUUUUCACAUGACAAUUGAUGAGAAAAAUCCAAUAAAACCACGUUACAGAGUUACUGAGUCCCUGAAAGCCUCCCCCAGAAUUAUAGCAGAUUUAUCAGCAGAAGAUCAUGGUUCAAGCAUAACUGUCACUUCAGGUGUAAUCAAAGCUUCUAUCCAAAAAGAUCCGCUUAAAAUCGAUUUCUACCAAAAUAAUGUCCUGUCUGUAACGCUCAAUGGGAAAGGUCUGAUGCGUUUUGAACACCUUCAACGGAGAUCACAAGCUGAGCCAAUGGAAGAUCCAGAUUCAUGGGAAGAAGAAUUUAAUUCCCAUCGCGAUUCAAAACCGAAUGGACCCGAAGCUAUUGCUAUGGAUUUGACAUUUCCCGAAGCCGAAGUACUCUUUGGUAUUCCCGAACAUGCUGAUUCGUUUGCUUUAAAACAAACUCAAGGUACUGAUCCGUAUCGUCUUUAUAAUUUGGAUACGGCUAAUUAUGAGGUUGAUAGUAAAAUGGGAUUGUAUGGAUCAGUGCCAGUGAUAUAUGGUCACGGGACUGAACGUUCAGCUGGAGUCUUUUGGCAUAAUUCAGCAGAGACGUGGGUUGAUAUUUCAGGAACGCGCAAACCAGAUCCACCCACUGCCCGUUUUAUGACUGAAAGUGGCAUCAUUGAUGUAUUCGUACUCCUUGGACCAUCUCCACUCGAUACGUUCAAACAAUAUUCUGAUCUCACCGGAACAGCAAAUCUACCUCAGUUCUUCACUUUGGGUUAUCAUCAAUGCCGCUGGAAUUAUGACAACGAGACCGAUGUCAAGACAGUUGCUGCUCAGUUCGAUAAUUAUGACAUUCCUUUGGACACCAUGUGGUUGGACAUCGAGUAUACAGAUGCAAAGAAGUAUUUCACUUGGGAUCCUGUCACGUUUGCUCAUCCCCUCGAUAUGAUAAAGAAUUUGACAGAUUCCGGACGACAUUUGACAAUUAUCAUUGAUCCCCAUUACAAGCGGGAUAAUACUUAUUUCUUCCACAAUUACUGUACCGAGAAUAAGUUCUAUACAAAAUUUGCAAAUGGCAGCGAUUUCAUUGGUGAAUGUUGGCCGGGUACUUCUAGUUAUCCGGAUUUCUUUAAUCCUGCAGUUCGUCAAUACUAUUCGAGUCAGUUUAAGUUGAGUAAUUUCCAGACGACGACAGCAGAUGUCAUGAUUUGGAAUGACAUGAACGAGCCAUCAGUUUUCGACGGUCCAGAAGUGACAAUGUUAAAGGACAAUAUUCACUUUGGUGGCUGGGAACACAGAAAUGUCCACAAUAUUUACGGUCAUCACCAGUUAAUGGCUACUUUUCAAGGACUUCUUCAAAGGGAUUCGAAUCAGAGACCUUUCAUUCUGACACGGUCACAUUUUGCUGGCUCCCAAAGGUAUGCCAUAAUUUGGACAGGAGAUAAUACAGAUGAUUGGCCCUAUUUACAACAUUCUAUCAAGAUGUGUUUGUCAGAAGCGGUUUCGGGAUUCUCAUUUUGUGGAUCAGAUGUUGGAGGGUUCUUCAAUGAUCCCGAGAUCGAAUUGGUAGAGCGUUGGUAUCAAGCUGCAUCGUUUAUUCCGUUUUAUAGAGCCCAUGCUAACAUGGGGACCAAACGUCGAGAACCAUGGCUUUUCCCCGAGAAGACUCGAUUGAUAAUUCGAGACGCAAUUCGAAAGAGGUAUACCUAUCUUCCGAUGUGGUACACAAUGUUCUACGAGCACGAGAAGUUCGGAUAUCCAGUAAUGAGGCCGAUAUUAGCUCACUAUCCAAAAGAUUCCAAUGGUUUCAAAGUGGACUUCGAAUAUUUGCUUCAUGAUCAUUUGUUGGUUCGUCCAGUAAUGGAGAGAGGUGUUGACAGCGUAAAUGUCUAUUUUCCCUCCAAAGAUGGUGGACAGAAUGGUGAUGUUUGGUACGAUAUCGAUAAUUACGAAAAGUUUGAUAAGGUUGGAAAUCAAUCAAUCAAAGUUGAUGAUCACAAAGUGCCCGUAUACCAACGAGGAGGCUCAAUAAUCCCGAAAAAGGAGACUGUCCGACGGACGUCUUUGAUGAUGAAAGAUGAUCCAUAUACUCUGGUUGUUUGUUUGAACAAAGAUGGUUACGCCAAUGGAACUUUAUACAUUGACGAUGAGAAAUCUUAUGACUAUCGACAUGGAAAGUUCAUCUAUGCGAAAUUUGAAUUUAGUGGAAAUACUUUGAAGAGCUCGUUUGCCUCGAAACCUGAUUAUAUGACGAAAUCAACCUUAGAGCGGAUCAUCAUCGCUGGUCUGGCAAAAACUCCCAAAUCAGCUACAUUGCAUUUUGAAAAUCAGACUCAGCAACUACAAGUAGCAACUUUUGAGAAAGCAAUAUCCAUAUCAAAACCUGGUGUCAAUAUUGCGAAAGAAUUCACAAUAAUUCUUAAUUCAGCCGGAAGUGCCAAUCCGGUAGCUUUAAAAUUUGUCUUAUUAUUCUUAUUUGUAAAGUUUGUAUUGAAAGGUUUUUGAUAUAUAUCUACUUGUUAUAACAAUUGAGUUAAAAUAAAUUCUCACACUCUUCAAAACAA